GCAUGGCUGCAAGUAAAGAUUGAGGUAUCCAAAUAUUAUAUUACAGUACCGUUAUCGUCUACAUGCAUCAUAUUCUACAUCAUGAUGACACAAAUUGUAUGUAAAAACAGAAUUAUGAUGGUCUAAUUGCUCUGACGUUUGAUUAUCAAUUAUUGAGAUUAAAAACAUUACAGCUAAACCCUUUAUUAUUUGAUUAUUUGCCAUACAGAAAAGAGGCAUCUGACAGCAAAUUUAAAACAAGUUAUUAAUGAUUACAAUAAAGUAAAUUUAAGUCUGACACAAUAACUGCCAUAUUUCCAGUAUGUAGUGAAUUAGAAAUAUCCAGAUGAAUUAGCCCGGGAUUUUGACGUAGUCUACAGUGACUAUAUUUACCCUGCUUCACUUUAUAUCAACAGUCAAAAGACAUAAAAUAAACAGGCGUUCGUCACAUAUCUUCACACUCCUACGCGUUGGGAGAACUUGAGAUGAGCAAAAAUGACAAGUCAAUAAUGAAAACUGCAUUUCCCAUGGUGCCCCUCGUCCUGCGUGCGGAAGCGUGCGUGGAGACGCCGGGGAAGGGCGAGCCAAUGGGAGACGAGUGAACUUGGAGUAACACGUCAGUGUAGUAAAGUGCAGACGCCGGCUGAUAGGGUGUGAUUCCCCCCUCACCGUCCGUCCGCCCUCCUGUGCCACUCAACCAUCCGUCGGCGUUUCGCCUCCAAAUGCUCUAGCUCGUUUCGAACACAGCGUCCCCCCCAACCCGUCGUUCGUGUCUACACCCGAGGCAAACCUCACAUCAGAAGCGUGGUGAUGGCGACCUACCAGGAAUUCAUCCAGCAGAAUGAGGACAGGGACGGCGUGAGAUUCAGCUGGAACCUCUGGCCCUCCAGCCGCCUGGAAGCUACCAGGCUGGUGGCCCCGGUCUCCUGCCUCUUCACACCGCUCAAGGAGAGGCCUGACCUGCCACCGGUCCAAUACGAACCAGUUCUGUGCAGCCGGGCCAACUGCAAGGCCGUGCUUAACCCACUGUGUCAAGUGGACUUCAGAGCAAAAAUAUGGGCGUGCAAUUUCUGCUUUCAGAGGAACCCAUUCCCUCCCUCUUACGCAGGCAUAUCAGAAGUGAACCAGCCGGCUGAACUCAUGCCUCAGUUUUCCACCAUUGAGUACAUAGUACAGCGCGGACCCCCAGCUCCCCUGAUAUUCCUGUAUGUGGUGGACACGUGUUUGGAAGAGGAGGACCUUCAGGCCCUCAAGGAGUCCUUGCAGAUGUCCCUCAGCCUGCUGCCACCCAACGCCCUGGUGGGCCUCAUCACAUUCGGACGCAUGGUCCAGGUUCAUGAGCUCAGCUGCGAGGGGAUCGCCAAGAGCUAUGUGUUCAGGGGCACCAAGGACCUGUCCGCCAAACAGAUCCAGGAGAUGCUAGGUUUAAUGAAGCCGGCAGCGGCAGGAAACCAAGGCCGACCUGCGGCUCCUCAGGAUGCUGCGGCAUCUUGCAGGUUCCUUCAGCCCGUGCACCGAGUGGAUAUGAAUCUGACGGACUUGCUGGGUGAGCUUCAGAGAGAUCCCUGGCCCGUCCCUCAGGGCAAACGUCCCCUCCGCUCCACUGGGGUCGCUCUGACUGUUGCUGUCGGCCUCCUCGAGGGUACGUUCCCCAACACAGGGGCUCGUGUGAUGCUGUUUAUCGGCGGGCCCCCCACCCAGGGCCCAGGCAUGGUGGUGGGCGACGAGCUGAAAACCCCCAUCCGCUCCUGGCACGACAUUCAGAAGGACAACGCCCGUCACCUGAAGAAAGCCACCAAGUAUUACGAAGCCCUGGCCAACCGCUCUGCAGUCAACGGCCACAACAUCGACAUCUAUGCUUGUGCCCUGGACCAGACUGGACUGCUGGAGAUGAAGUGUUUAUCUAAUCUCACUGGGGGCCACAUUGUGAUGGGAGACUCCUUCAACACUUCCCUGUUCAAGCAGACCUUCCAGAGAGUCUUCAGUAAAGACUACAACGGAGACUUCCGCAUGGCCUUUGGAGGCGUCCUGGAAGUCAAGACGUCCAGGGAGCUGAAGGUUUGCGGGACCAUUGGGCCGUGUGUUUCACUCAACUCCAAAGGUUCCUGCGUUUCAGAGAAUGAGAUGGGCAUCGGUGGCACGAGCCAGUGGAAAGUGUGCAGUCUCACCCCUUCCACCACUUUGGGCAUUUAUUUUGAAGUGGUGAAUCAGCACAACGCACCAGUCCCCCAGGGUGGCCGAGGGGCAGUCCAGUUUGUAACCCAGUACCAGCACUCCAACACCCAGAAAAGGAUACGGGUCACCACCAUUGCUAGGAACUGGGCAGAUGCACAGUCCCAGAUUCAGCACAUCGAGUCGUCGUUCGACCAGGAAGCGGCCGCCGUGCUCAUGGCUCGUCUGGGCGUCUUCAGAGCCGAGUCGGAGGAGGGGCCGGACGUCCUGCGUUGGCUCGACAGGCAGCUCAUCCGCCUGUGUCAAAAGUUCGGCCAGUUCAAUAAAGACGAUCCUUCAUCCUUCAAACUGUCAGAGUCUCUGUCCCUCUACCCCCAGUUUAUGUUCCACCUGCGGCGGUCGCCCUUCCUGCAGGUGUUCAACAACAGCCCAGAUGAGUCGUCUUACUACAGGCACCACUUUGUCAGGCAGGACCUCACCCAGUCCCUGAUCAUGAUCCAGCCCAUCCUCUACUCAUACUCCUUCCACGGACCACCAGAGCCUGUGCUCUUGGACAGCAGCAGUAUCCUGCCUGAUCGAAUCCUACUGAUGGACACUUUCUUCCAGCUUGUUAUCUACCACGGAGAGACCAUAGCCCAGUGGCGAAAGGCGGGCUACCAGGAGAUGGCCGAGUAUGAGAACUUCAAACAGCUGCUGCAGGCUCCUCUGGAUGACGCGCAGGAGAUCCUGCAGACGCGGUUCCCCAUGCCGCGCUACAUCGACACAGAGCACGGAGGCUCGCAGGCUCGCUUCCUGCUCUCCAAGGUCAACCCAUCACAGACCCACAACAACCUCUACGCCUGGGGACAGGAGACCGGAGCCCCAAUCCUCACUGACGACGUCAGCUUGCAGGUCUUCAUGGACCACUUGAAAAAGCUGGCUGUUUCCAGCUCUGCAUAGGCGUCUCUGUUCCACCACGAAGAAACAGGAGUGGUACGACAUUCCUCUUCUGAUAUUGGGAUCCAUCAACAUUUCCCCUGUUUUUUGUAAAAGGAGCCAAACCCAGAGUCUGUUGUGUGUGUGUGUGUGUGUGUGUGUGUGUUUGUUUGACUUUUUACAGUGUACUUUCUUGAGUCAUGUAACAUUUCCAUGAUGCAGAAGGGACAGAAGAAGGUAGAAGAUAGCACAUUCCUCAUAAGAAAAACUUCGACUCGUUUCCUUAAACGUGUUAUUUAUAAGAGACGGCUCCAACGCUCCCGCACCAAGCUGUCAUAACGAAAGCAAUAUCAAAGUCUUUCUAUUUUAUAUUUGAUAUCACCUCUGACAUGCAGAAUGAUUGGAACAAUUUUUAUGUUUUCUUUUUGUUUGUUUGUCCUCAAACGUGUAUCUGCUGCAUCAGACUUGGCUGAAGGUGCUGUUGAAUAAGACGCUUAUACGUGUUUGCUUUGUCUAUAGCUAAAGAUGACAUCUUUUCUCAUUAAUAAAUUAUAAUGGUACCUUUUAAUGCUGGAUGAGAAGUGUUCACACACACACACAGAGCGUAUCGGUCUACGCACUGACGGCUUGUUAAUCACUGCUGCGACGAAGAAAAAAAUCCUCAUGUCUUAUACCUUGAAUGUUUAACGAGAAAAAGACCCUGUGAGUAAUGAGUGUCGCUGUUCUGAGACAUGGAAGUCAAUCAUGUUGGCUGAAUGGAGACCGACUCUGCUUUCAAUGACGAACACUUGACAUUUAUUUUUAGAUCUGUAGUUUAGUCCCCUCACCAUCUGGAUGACUGCUGCCCAAGUGUCUUUGUAAUCAAACUUUAAUAUGCUGUAGGACUGUAUUAAUAAGACAGUUGUCUGAUUGAAAUCCUGUCUGGAUUCCUAAUGCUAUCCACAUAAAGAAAACUGAAAACA